AGUCUAGUUCCGAUUUUGCUGCGAUUAAGACGCGCCCCGUUCUAGCAGCUCUAGCUAAGCCAAACUCUGACGUCACGAUUCGAGUGGAUCCGUAAUCCACACCGCUUCUACUGCACCUCUCCUCCUCAGUGGAUCGCGUUCAUUCAUUUGAGGAUGGUGAACAACCGCGCGCGCGUUUUUUUCUCAAAUUAAGUUGUCUCAUAAAAAUUAGCGUCAGUUAUUUGUGACAUAAAAAAAAACUUUAAAAUAAAUUGAAUCACAGUUCCACACCAGAAACAAGAAAAACUAAUAAAGUGCUGACAGUUGAGUAAUCAACUUCGAAAAAAAAGAGUCAGAAAGAAAACAGAUCAGAAAACGAGCAUAAAUUUGCACAACCAUAAUUCGUGGAUUAUAAACCAGCUCAAAACAGAGCGACUUAGUUGGCAGUGAAAAAUGAUCUAAAACGUUAGAGAAGCACAAAAAAUAAAAAAAUAAACAGGCAAAGUCGUCGAUCAUCGAUGAGUGCUGGAACGAGAAACUGUAGCUGAAGCGCCAAGGAAAACAGGAAGAUACAAAGUGAAAAGUGUGGUGUAAAAUCGUUUCCCAGCCACGGCGAAAUGGUGUGGAAAUUAGCGACGAAUUUUCUACUCGCCUCAACGCUGUUGGCACUGGUCCCAGCGGAUGCCGCCAAUGGCCAGCAGCAGCACCAACAGCGGGGACCACGCCGUGCCAAAUGUCUAAAUCAGGAUCGGAUACAGCUGUACGAUGGUCAUGACAAAGUUCUACACCAACGGCUGCAGUCCAUCCGUAACGAGAUGCGGACCAGGCCUUCGACGCAGAGUACCGAGGUGGACGCGUACCUGGUGACGUCCUACGACGAGCACAUGUCGGAUAAUUUGAUGGAGGCCGACCAACGGUUGAAGUUCUUGAGCGGGUUUAGCGGGAACUCUGGGGAAGCUGUUGUUACGGGGAAGUCCGCUGCGCUGUGGGUUGACGCGAGGUUCUACGAUCAAGCUGAUCAUGAGGUGAACUGCGACUGGAAGAUCUUCCGGCGGGGGGAACAUCCAACGAUUGGGGAGUGGAUUAUGAACGAACUCCCAGGGGAUUCCCGAGUCGGUGCCGAUCCUCACUUCGUUCCGCACUCGCUGUGGAUCAACCUGGACCGUCAACUCAACUCGGAGUUUAUCAAACUUGUUAAGCUGCACCGCAACCUGGUGGACCUCGUCUGGGGAUCGCGACGCCCGCUGCCUCGAUCCGGCUCCGUCAAGGUUCACCCGAUGUGGCUCGCCGGCGAUUCCUGGGACGCCAAGGUCAACCGGUUGCGCUCGAACCUCACUGCGAUGCGAUGCGACGCCAUGAUCAUAACCUCGCUCACCGAGGUAGCGUACAUCCUGAACGUUCGCGGAAGCGACAUCCCGUACACACCGGUCUUCAAGGCGUACCUGCUGAUCAGCAACCGCGAGAUCAUCCUGUACACCAACAAGACGCGCAUCAAUGUCGGGUUGGUCAACCACCUCAAGUCGCACAGCUGUCACAACGAGUACUGCGUUCAACUCAAAGAGUACCAGGACGUGUGGCGGGACCUGCGCACCCUGUCCCAGCACUGGAAGCGCAUCCUGGUGCCGACGGCGGCCGUUUUCGACAUGGGAGCGUCGGAGGCGAUCCACGGAGCGAUUCCUCGCGAGCUAGUUCUGGACCGACCCUCACCGGUUAUCUUCAUGCGGGCGCAGAAGAACGAGGUCGAGAAGCAGGGUAUGAAGAAGGCCCACAUCCGGGAUGGAGCGGCGAUGUGCGAGGUGUUGAGCUUUCUGGAAGAUCGGUUCCUCGCCGGCGAUCACUUCACGGAGCUGUCGCUGUCGCGCGAGGUCGACCGGCGGCGCAAGAUCCAGGACCUGAACGAGGGCGUGUCGUUCCGGACGAUUGUGGCGUUCGGACCGCACAGCGCCAUCCCGCACUACAGCUCGAGCAACCGAACGAACGUGGAAAUCACCGAGUUCAGCACGGUGCUGAUCGACUCGGGUGGUCAGUACCAGGACGGGACGACCGAUGUCAGCCGGACGGUUCAUUUGGGCGAGCCUACGCCGGAGCAGAUUAGGGCGUACACGAAUGUGCUGAUUGGAAUGAUCCGGUUGUCGGUGUUGACGUUCCCGGAGAACUUGAAACCGGCCGAGUUGGAUGCGUUGGCGCGGGGACCGGUUUGGGGAGAUAUGAACGACUAUCCGCAUGGGACUGGGCACGGGAUUGGGUCUUAUCUUUCCGUGCAUGAAUCUCCAAUCAGCAUUUCGUACACCUCCAAGCAACGCUACGGCUUCAAGGAAGGCUACUUCUUCUCCAACGAACCUGGAUACUACAAGAGCGGCGACUUCGGAAUCCGACUUGAGAACGUACUAGAGGUGCUCGACACCGGAAAGGUUCACCCCUCCGGGGCCAAGUUCCUCUCCUUCCAAGACGUAACGCUGGUUCCGUUUGAGCCCAAAAUGAUCGACCGGUCUUUGCUGAGUGCCCCAGAGGUCAAAUGGAUCAACGACUACAACGCCCGCAUUCGCACCCUGGUCGGGGAGGAGCUCAAGCGGAAGCAAAAGAUGGACGCGUUCUACUGGAUGAUGAACAAGACGCGGAACGUGCCCGAGUACCGAUCGGACGCGGACAGCGCGGCCCGGCACGUUUCACUUAACCUGCAAAUCGUAACACUCGCGAUCAGUGCCGCGAUCGCGAGUUUGUUGCUGAUGGUGUCCUAAUCAACGCUGACUUAAAACAUUUUAUCUCUUAUUAUCCCAUUUCU